UUUCUAUUACAUCAUCAAUCUGUGUGAAAAUGGCGCGAGUGUCGUGGAAUCUGUGACGGUUUCGUUAUAGUUCUUUUCGAUAUUUCCUUGUGUUUUUCCAGAAAAUUAGACGUUUUGUAUAUAUCUACACAAAGUAACGCAUUCUGUAUAUAAGUAGAAAUAUAAGAGAUACAAAAAUGAGCAGCGUCGAGGCGUAUGGACCGAGUUCUCAGUCGCUAACUUUCCUAGAAACUGAAGAGAACGACCUGCUUAUGGGAGCGGACACGCAAGGGACCGAGUUCGACUUCACGGACUUCACCCUUCCCUCCCAGACUCAAACCCAGAGUCAGGCAAGUCAACUGGAGCACCAGAAUCUCCAUAGCCAGGUGAAUGGACAAGAUGGCUCCCUGCAGAACGGGCUGGAUGAUGGGAUCGGGGCUGCUACUCAGGCCAUGGGAGAGCUUAACUUUGAGGAAGAGGAGGAGGAGGACACUUACUACACCAAGGACCUGCCAAACCAUGCCUGCAAGUUCUGUGGUAUCCAUGACCCCAACUGUGUGGUGAUGUGUGGAAUGUGCAAGAAGUGGUUCUGUAACGGCCGUGGCAACACCUCUGGCAGCCACAUCAUCAACCACCUGGUGAGGGCCAAGCACAAAGAGGUGACCUUGCACAAGGACGGAGCCCUGGGAGAGACAGUGCUGGAGUGUUACAACUGUGGCUGUAGGAACGUCUUCCUGCUGGGCUUUAUUCCUGCCAAGGCUGACUCAGUAGUGGUGCUAUUGUGUCGGCAGCCAUGUGCAACCCAGUCCAACCUGAAGGACAUGAACUGGGACCAGACCCAGUGGCAGCCCCUGAUCCAGGACCGCUGCUUCCUCCCCUGGCUGGUCAAGGUCCCGUCAGAACACGAGCAGCUGCGGGCUCGCCAGAUCACCGCACAGCAGAUCAACAAGCUGGAGGAGAUCUGGAAGGAGAACCCUAAUGCCACCCUGGAGGACCUGGAGAAGCCAGGUGUGGAUGAGGAGCCCCAGGCUGUGCUGCUGCGGUACGAGGAUGCCUACCAGUACCAGAACAUCCUGGGGCCGCUGGUCAAACUAGAGGCUGACUAUGACAGGAAACUGAAGGAGUCGCAGACCCACUCCAAUAUAACAGUGCGUUGGGACUUGGGUCUGAAUAAGAAGCGGCUGGCGUACUUCACCAUGCCCAAGACUGACAGUGACAUGCGCCUGAUGCCCGGAGACGAGCUCCGCAUCAGGUAUGAAGGAGAGCUUGGGCCAAAGUGGAAGGAGGUUGGACAUGUCGUCAAGGUUCCAGAUAACUACACAGAAGACGUGUGUAUUGAGCUGCGCAGCAAUGCUGGAGCACCUGUGGAUCUAACCCACAACUUUGCCAUCGACUUUGUCUGGAAGUCCACCUCAUUUGACAGAAUGCAGGCUGCCAUGAAGACAUUUGCCGUAGAUGAGACGUCAGUGUCAGGGUACAUCUACCACAAGCUGCUGGGGCAUGAGGUGGAGGAUGUGGUGAUGAAAACUCAGCUGCCCAAACGUUUCUCAGCUCCAGGGCUGCCUGAACUGAACCAUUCACAGGUCUAUGCUGUUAAAACUGUACUGCAGAGGCCUCUUAGUCUCAUUCAGGGUCCUCCUGGUACAGGAAAGACAGUGACAUCAGCCUCCAUCGUGUAUCACCUGGCCAAGCAGAACAACGGCCAGAUCCUGGUCUGUGCGCCCAGCAACAUCGCAGUGGAUCAGCUGACAGAGAAGAUCCACAGGACGGGGCUGAAGGUUGUGCGUCUGUGUGCCAAGAGCAGAGAGGCGAUCGACUCCCCAGUGUCAUUCCUCGCACUCCACAAUCAGAUCCGCAACAUGGAGAGGUCAGAAUGCCUACCUGAACUGCAGAAGCUGCAGCAGCUGAAGGAUGAGACUGGGGAGCUUUCAUCAGCUGAUGAGAAACGGUACAGGACGCUCAAGCGCAACGCAGAACGUGAACUCCUCCAGCAUGCAGACGUGAUCUGCUGUACCUGUGUGGGGGCAGGCGACCCCCGUCUGCAGAAGUUCCAGUUCCGCACAGUUCUGGUGGAUGAAAGCACCCAGGCCACGGAGCCAGAGUGCAUGGUGCCCAUCAUCCUGGGGUGCAAACAGCUGAUCCUUGUCGGUGAUCACUGCCAGCUGGGCCCCGUGGUGAUGUGCAAAAAGGCGGCGCGGGCAGGACUCUCGCAGUCCCUAUUUGAGCGCCUGGUUGUACUUGGCAUUCGACCAAUCAGGCUGCAGGUGCAGUACCGCAUGCACCCUGCUCUCAGCGCCUUCCCAUCCAACAUUUUCUAUGAAGGGUCACUGCAGAACGGGGUAACUGCUGCUGAACGCACCAAGAAAGGGCUGGACUUCCCCUGGCCACAGCCUGAUAAGCCCAUGUUCUUCUAUGCCACCAGUGGACAAGAGGAAAUUGCCAGCUCAGGAACGUCCUACCUCAACAGGACUGAAGCCUCCAAUGUUGAAAAGAUCACCACCAAGUUCCUGCGGGCAGGGGUCAAGCCAGAUCAGAUUGGCAUCAUCACACCAUACGAAGGUCAAAGGGCAUUCGUGGUGCAGUACAUGCAGUUUGGUGGGCAGCUCCACACCAAGCUGUAUAUGGAAGUGGAGGUGGCGAGUGUGGAUGCAUUCCAGGGGCGAGAAAAGGACUUCAUCAUCCUGUCCUGUGUGAGGGCCAACGAGCAUCAGGGCAUCGGCUUCCUGAAAGACCCUCGACGACUUAACGUCGCCCUUACAAGAGCAAGGUAUGGCAUCAUUAUCGUCGGAAACCCCAAAGUCUUGUCCAAGCAACCUCUGUGGAAUAACCUGUUGGUGGAUUACAAGGAACAGAAGGUGCUGGUAGAAGGCCCCCUGAACAACUUGAAGGAGAGCAUGGUUCAGUUCAGCAAACCUCGCAAGCUGGUGAACACGACCAACCCCGGAGGGCGCUUCAUGUCCACGGCCAUGUGGGACGCUCGGGAAGCUCUCAUCCCCGGGGGAGCAUACGACAGGUCUGGGGCCUUCAAUGGAGGUCCGGGCUAUGGCAGUAAUGACUACUACCGACCACACGACCAGAUGAGUAUGAUCAGCAAUGAACACUCCCAGGCAGCAGGCAUGGCCUUACCCAUUCCUGUGGGGAUGUUCAUGCCCCCAGCCCACCCACCGGGACCUUACUACGGGCAGGGUGUCCCAGGCAGACCACCUAUGAAUCGUGGGCCCAACAGGAAGGGUGGGCGUGGUCAGCGGCAACAGAAGAACACCUACAACAGCUACAACUCCAUGCAGAGUCAGUCCAGCCAGGACGCUUCCCAGCCGUUCUCGCAAGGUCCGCUGACCCAGGGUCACCUGUCCAUGUCCCAACCAUCCCAGAUGGGUCAGUCUGGCCUGUCCCAGCCAGGCCUGUCCCAGCCUGAACUCUCCCAGGAUAGCUACAUGGGUGAUGAGUUCAAGUCCCAGGCAGAUGCUGUCUUGUCACAAGACUCCACUUACCAAGGGGACAGGGCAUACCAACAUGCAGGAUUCUCCCAGUAUUGAGGAGUUACCGGAGGAGCAGGAAAGAGAGGAGACCUCCUGAGAUGAGGGGAGGUGUGCUGGCUACAGGAGGGGUGUCACCGCCCACACAGCAUGGGCAUGGACACACCCACAGCCAAUCACAACCAAUGUUACAUCACAGUGGACCAUGUGACUGUCAGAGCAACGACCAGAACCACAUGAUGUUAAACCCUUUCCUAUUGGCUAAUAACAGAGCUUUCAUGCCUUAAAGAAUUGUUCAGGAAGGAAGUCGAUACCUGCUUUGGGCAGUUUAACUUUUCAAAAUGUUUAGCUAAGAUACUGUCAAGCUGGAAAUGUAAGGAGUCAAGGUGUAAAAAAGCAGGUAGUCUCCAUGUGUUUGACAAUGGCCAAGCAGGAUCUGUAUGUAAGAUCCUAGGUCAGACAAUGAACUGAACAUAUCUUUGAAGUAUGAAAGAGUCUUGUAAGUUCUUGUACCAUUCACUGAUCGUAGGCUGUUUCUUUGCCUUUUAGUAAAACAACUUUCCAUAGGGGAGAAACCGUUCCUUCCCUUUGAAGGCAGCAGUGACGUGUCUCUGUUGGGGUACGGCAAUAAUCUACGCCGUAUGGGGUGGAGUACUGAAAGAGAGGUUGUUCCAGAAUGUAGGGGGGCCAUGGGUAAAGACAGAGGAUAACCCAAUGACACUGCUAUAAGACCCAAGUGUGUCAGUAUCAAGAAGGACAGAAAACAGUACAGGGUAACCAGUCUUGUGCCAAAAUGCACAGAGAAAGCUCAAAAUCUCAGCAACUUGUUGUUGCUGACAAGAGGCAUGAGCUGAUCCUGACAUUACCCACCACAGCACAGACGUAACCCAAGCCGAAUACGUCGGGUGUGGGUCAGGAGGUGGGAACUGGACAUCACGACAGAAAACAGCAGCAAGGCGAGGGUAGACACAGAGUCAGGGAGGAGAGACUGCGGCGCAGGUUUUGUAACAUCAAACUGUCAGAUGAUUCUGUUUCCGUGUCAGGGCUCGUGAUCAUGGCCUCCUGUUGGCCAAAAUGCCAAAUAGUAUAAGAGAACAUUACAGCUCACAGGUCAAUAUUUUUGUUAACAUCAAAUCACAUGUAUUAGCGCCCAUGCUAUCAUGUGAGAUCCAAUGACGAUCACAAUACACCACCAGAACCAGUGUACACAGCA